AUGGAAGAAAUUGAAUUGAAUAAUGAUGAAUUAAUGAAUACAAAAUGUAAUUUAGAUGGUGAUCCUAAGACAAAUUGGUUCUGUAAUAAAAAUGGUUUACUUUUAAAAACAUAUGGGUGGCUUGUUAAAAAUGCUAUAGGAGUUAUAUUGUUAAUACAUGGAUUAAAAUCUCAUACUCGAUUAACUUAUAUGAAAAUAAAUUUAAAAAUGCCAAAUAACAAUGAAGGGUUAGUAGUAGACAAUAAUAAUUACUAUAUCUAUAAAGAUAGUUGGAUUGAAAAUUUUAAUCAAAAUGGUUAUUCAGUAUAUGCACUAGAUUUGCAAGGGCAUGGCGAAUCACAAGGAUGGGAAAAUAUAAAAGGCAACUUUAGUUGUUUUGAUGAUCUAGUUGAUGAUGUAAUACAAUAUAUGAAUCAGAUUCAAGAUGAAAUCUCAAAUGAUAAUCAAACGGAUGAUGAAUCUAACCAUAUAUUAACAACUGAAAAAAAAAGACUACCUAUGUAUAUUAUUGGGCAUUCGUUGGGAGGAGGUAUUGCUUUAAGAAUAUUACAAUUAUUAAGGAAAGAACAAGAAGAUAGCAUUAAUUCUGGAGAUGCAAGUGACAAUAAAAAAUGUAACAUCAUGUUAGGAAAUUCUACUAACAUUAAUGAAAUCGACAAUGAUAUGGUAGAAGAUAUUAUUAAUGAUAUGCAUAAUUCUAACGAUCGUGCUAUAGAAUGCAUGAAUAAUACACAUUUAGUUACCAAUUCUAAUGGUUAUGAUUCUGAUAAUUCCUGUUAUAGUGCCUCUUCUACGACAAAUGCUAUUGAUAGUGGUAGUGAUCAAGAUAGAGGAUGCUAUAAUCAUUUAGAUAAGUUAAAUAUUAAAGGUUGCAUAACAUUAUCAGGUAUGAUGAGAUUUAAAACAAUAUGGAAUGCUAGGAACGAUUCAAUCAAGCGUUUUUAUUUACCUGCAGUAAAUUUCAUGUCUCGUGUCGCGCCUCAUGCACGAAUUUCGUCAGAAUUAGGUUAUAAAAGGUCCAAAUAUGUUACUAAUAUAUGUAAAUAUGAUAAAUUUCGAAAUAAUAGUGGAAUAAAAUUCAAAUGUAUAUAUGAAAUUAUAAAAGCUUCGAUCACAUUGAAUUGUAAUAUUAAGUAUAUGCCAAAAGAUGUCCCUUUAUUUUUUGUACAUUCAAAAGAUGAUAGUAUUUGUUAUUAUAAAGGGGCAGUUUCAUUUCAUAAUCAAGCAAAUGUUAAUAAAAAAAACUUACAUAUUGUUGAUGGUAUGAAUCAUGCUAUAACGGUAGAGCCAGGAAAUGAAAACAUUUUAAAAAAAAUUAUUGAAUGGAUUUCUAAUUUAAGAAGAGAUGAUGAAAUAGAAGAUGAAAAAUAA